AUGGAUGUUCAUUCAUCUUCUACGACUACAAUGCAAUCAGAACCAAAACAGAUUCCUAUUACAGUCUUCACUGGAUUUCUUGGAGCAGGAAAAACAACUAUAAUCCUGUCCUUAAUACCACACCUUCCCAAAGAUUAUAAACUAUGUCUGUUGAAAAAUGAGUUUGGGGAUAUUGCAGUCGACAGUGAAUUGGCACGGGAGAGUAAUGUAUCGGUACAGGAGAUGCUAAAUGGGUGUCUAUGUUGUGUGUUGGUGGGCCAGAUGAAAAAUGCUUUGACCGAACUCAAAGAAAAAUAUAAUCCUGAUAGAAUUAUUAUAGAAACGAGGCAAGUAUUUCAGAGAUAUCCUAAUUGUUUGAGAAAUGAAUCUCCAAUUGCCUGGCAAAUACGUGAAAUGAACUCAAUGGGCUUUGUAUUAGACAGUAUUGCUACCGUGAUUGACUGUGUCAAUUUCUCUGGAUAUGAAGACACAAGCUAUACUGCCAAAAUGCAAGCACAGUAUACAGACGUUAUAUUGCUCAAUAAAUGGGAAAUGGUCAACGAAUACCAGUUGGAUGUAGUAAUUGAUCACAUUAAUGAAUUAAACACAGAUACACCAAAAAUUAAAUGCUGCAAGGAUAGUGGAGUAUCUCCAGAUAUCAUUUUUGGCAUUGAUACAACCCUUUUUUCUCUUUCUUCCAAAAGCAUUUCAAUAGACACUGAUCUUUCCCAUCAUCGUAAUGAAGUUGAUCUUAUUCAAAUAGUUAUUCCUUCGAACAUUACAUCAUACGAUAUCCAUUCUAAGGACACGUUUGAAAAUUUUCUAGCCUCUCUUCCCAAAGAUGAGAUCAAUGAGAAACAGAGAGGAGAGGGGAUUAUAUUGAAAUUGAUAUUCAUGGGUGAGUUGAGGACGCAUUUGGAUAAAGUAAAAAAAGCACUUGAUGUUAAUGAUCAAUGUGUUAAAGUACACUAUGCACACAGAUGA